GCGUACUGGGCGUGCCGGGCGUACCGGGCGUGCCAGGUGUACUGGGCGUACUGGGCGUACUGGGCGUACUGGGCGUGCCGGGCGUGUUGGGCGUACCGCUUUGGCCAUCCGAGCCGCACACGAAGGCGAUGUUGCGGUGGCAUGCAGUGUUGGGCCCAAAUCCAGCGCAUUGUUCCUUCGUAG